AUGACUUUGCAGAAUGUCUAUUAUAAUAUAACACAAAGCAUAUAUUCUCAAUUAUGGAAUCAUUUGUCUCAAGCAAAGAAAAUUGGAGAAACAACUCUUCAUACUGCAGUAUCUUUUAAAGGAUAUGAAUUUCUUCUUUCGCAUGGUGCCAAUGUUAAUGCAAAAGGUAAAAAACAACAGCCUGCUCUUCAUUUGGCAGUAAAGGAAAAUAAGCUUCGAUUCUUAUUUAUGAUUCAAAUAAUGCUCGACAUCAGAAACAGAACUAAUCAUUUGAUAGGGAUUAACAUCUUUCCGUCAAAUACUAGACCGUUUCGCUCGCCUGACAAAAAAUCAGAAAAAUGUGAAUUUCUUAUUUCAUUUACUGAAAUUAGUUACUAUUAA